AUGCCGUCCAUUCUCAACGACGACGACAAGGAUACCGUCAAACGGUUCAUUCCUAAACAGUCCAACAAGAUCCAGGCCGUCGCUGUUGCUAGACUCUAUGUCGCCUACCCCAAUCGCUCAAAAUGGACCUAUACCGGGAUUCAGGGAGCCGUUGCGCUCGUCAAUGAUCUAGUUGGAAAUACGUACUGGAUCAAGAUGGUCGAUAUCUCGCCCACCAACCGAGGAGUGAUUUGGGACCAGGAGAUCUUCGACACAUGGAACUACAACCAGGAUCGAACUUUCUUUCAUACCUUCGAACUCGAGGAAUGCUUGGCUGGCCUGAGCUUUGUCGAUGAGAAGGAGGCCAAACAAUUCAAAAAGAAGAUGGACGAGCGAGAAAAGAACGCAAGUCGAGCCACAAAGGCAACACCCUUCGGAGGAGGAGCACAACCGUCUCAUAAGCAUGGAUUGCUGGGAGGAUUGUUCAGCCAUCGCCAUUCCACCCACCAUCCUACAGGCCCGACACCUCCGGAGUCUCCACGAAUGCCCGCAAAUUCCAUUCAACAUCACAUCAUUAACUCAACGCCCAAUCUCAACGGCCACAGACAUUCGGAGUUCUCUCUUUUGGAUGCCUUUGACCCCCUUUGGCGUGAGCACUUUGGAGCGGAUCUUCAGGACAAGGGUUUGACGGAUGACUUCAUUAAAGAGAACCAGGAGUUCAUCGUAGACUUCUUGAGGGAGGAGCAGCAGAAGGCUUCUCAACCUCACUCAACACCUCCACCUCCACCAGCACCAGCUUCACCUGCCAACGGCAACGAUGGACGAAGCUCUCGAGCUCCACCACCGCCCCCUCCUCCGCCGCCUGCUGGCCGUUCUCAAGAUGGACCUCCUGCGCCACCGGCCCCGAGAAAAGGCGGACCCCCACCUCCUCCGGCCCCGAGACGAUCUGGCAAAGCCGAGACAGCGCCGGAGCGAGCACCGUCACCUCCUCGACCAAAGUUUGGCGUUCCUCCGCCAUUGGCAGAUGCAGGCAAGUUCGCUCACUCUGAACCCCCCCGAGCUGUUCCCGCAACAUCCAAUCCUGGACCCCCUCCUCCUCCUCGACCAGCAAAGACUCCAAUGGACUCGACGAAGAACGAGAGUCACAGGUUUGGAGUCCCUCCUCCUUUCCCUGGCUCAAGGGUACCCCCGCCAACACCCAGCCGUGGAUCGGUACCAACAAGUUCAGCUCCACCACUGCCGCCUCCAAGCACUCGGCCUAUACCUCCUCCUCCGGCCGCAAGCUUUCAUCCUCCAGCUCCUCCACCGUUGCCUCCAAUAGCAAAUGGCGCACCUCCUCCACCACCGCCUCCACCACCUGGAGGUCCUGCUGCUCCUCCUCCACCACCUCCUAUGCCACCAAGCGGCGGUGCUCCUCCACCACCACCCCCGCCACCCCCAGGAGGUCCUGGUGCACCACCUCCUCCACCACCACCGAUGCCUCCCGGUGGCGGUGCCCCUGCUCUCCCCGCUGCAGGAGCCCCUGGGCGAUCUGCUGUUGAUCGCUCACAGAUCCGCGAUCGCAGUGGUGCUCAAGUUGGCGGUAGCGACGUUGGCGGAAACAGUGCCACAGCCUCAGCUGUUAGUGCUUCAGGUGGUGGCGGUGGCAUGGCUGAUGCUCUUGCGGCGGCGCUGCAGAAGAGAAAGGAAAAGGUCUCGAAGAGUGAUGAUGAAAGCGAUAACGACGAUUGGUAA